UUCCCUGAUUCGCCCACUCUUCCUAAAGAUCACAGUUGCAACUUAUUCAUUUUUUGCAAGAUUUUGAGACGAGAAGAUUAAGAAAACAUGAACAACUCCACCAUCAACCUCACCAUAACUGAAUUACCAACAGACUCUACAACUAUUCCCAUUGAGCUCAUUGACAUUAUACCAAUGUGUGUGUACGCCAGCUAUAUCCUGUUUGGUUCUCUUAUUCACUCUUAUAUUAUAUGGCUCAUCGUCACAGGAACAGAAAACAAAAUUGCAUCUGAGUUUUUCAACCUGAAUCUCUCUGUCUGUGAGAUUGGAAUCUGUCUGAAUUGUUUUUUCAGUUUAAUGGUAUUUUGGUUUUCGAAUCUGGAAUUAGUGCAGCUGUUUACAUCAGGACUCGUCAUCACCGGUCGUCCUCUGUUUCAGUGUCUGAUCUGUGUUGAGCGUUACCUGGCUGUGGUUCAUCCUGUAACCUUUCUGAAGUUCAAACCUCUCAGAUACAGACUGAUGUGUUGCACUGCUGCCUGGAUCAUUUGCCUUGGCUCUUGUUUGUCUGUUAUGUUUAUGUUUGCCUCAUUAUAUUUUAUUUAUUCAGUGUUCUACUCAGUGCAGUUCCUCCUUUUUCUCUCCAUUCAGUUGUUUUGUGGUUUGGCUGUUCUCAGAGCUCUGAAGCAGUCAGGACCAGGAGAGAGAGGAAGAGAGAGAGAGGAGGAAAACCACAUGAAGAGAAGAGCAUUUCAUCUCAUUCUCAUAACUACUGUAAACACAGUUAUCAUAUACCUGCCCAAAUGUGUCUCAGGAUUUAUAAUUAUUUUCUUAAAAAUGCAUAUUUCAGCUCUUUUGAUUAUUGGUUUUUUGUGUUAUUUUGUUGCUGGUUUUGUACAUCCAAUUCUUUUUCUGCGCAGAGCUGGAAAACUUUCCUGCUGCUGUUCAUGGUGAAUCCUGUAGUUUGUUGCUAAACUCUCUGGAUAAAAAAAUAUAAAAGUGUAUUGAUGGUAAUCACUGUUGGUAAUUCUGGGGUUAAAUAAUCAUGCUAGUGCCUGAACUAGGGAUGCACCAAAAGUUCCACAAGGUGGCCAUUCAUGCCAGUUCCGCCG